AGGAGUUAUCUCACUGUCCACUAGAGGGAGUGCAGCUCGCCUCCUUGUGAGCGAGGACUCUACGCAUUCUUCAGAUUCAUGACGGGAAGGGCGCAGGGCAGCUGGCCCACGCAAGAAGAGAGCGACACAAGUCAGCUAGCGCUACUUCCCUAGCUGAACCGGGAGCAGCUAACGCAACCAAUUGAUGUCUUCGGAUGAGAUUUAAGAUACUACCGAUCAUUUAGUUGGUUUGAUUCGCCGUUGGUCGUCCAUAAAAUUACAACCGACAAAAUGACAGACCCUUCGGUGGCCGAUACUCGCCGGUUGAAUUCCAAGCCCCAGGACCUGACGGACGCGUACGGCCCCCCUAGCAACUACCUGGAAAUAGACGUUAGUGAUCCACAAACCGUCGGAGUCGGACGGAACCGUUACACAAAUUAUGAAGUUCGCAUGCGGACAAACCUUCCCAUUUUCAAACUGAAGGAGUCCUGUGUGAGGAGAAGAUACAGCGACUUUGAGUGGUUAAAGAUUGAGCUGGAAAGGGACAGUAAGAUUGUAGUACCAUCUCUGCCGGGCAAGGCCUUGAAGAGACAGUUGCCAUUUCGUGGGGAUGGGGGUCUUUUUGACGAGUCCUUUGUUGAGGAGCGGCGGUCAGGCCUGGAGCAGUUCAUCAACAGAAUUGCAGGCCAUCCCUUGGCCCAGAACGAACGCUGUCUUCACAUGUUCCUGCAGGAGGAAAGCAUUGACCGCCACUACAUUCCUGGAAAAGUAUGAAUGAAGUAAGUUUACUUUAUUUGAUCUUGUCAAGAGCUUUCUGGAAGUUAAAGGUGGCUGCAUGGGCACUGUAAAGGCGAUAGUUCACUAAAACCGAAGUAGAACAUCUUGAAUACCAUGACUAAACUAUCACAGAGAUCUGACUGCAAAUUUGUUAAUUCUGUGCUGCAAAUUCAAGAAUGUUCUGCAAGCCAGAUUUACAUUACACAUUGUCAAGCUUGAAAGAAAUCAAUGUAAAAUCUAAUUUGCAGUUGAAGGUUUUGAAUUGGUUUAGAGUACUUCAACUGUUUCUACAUAACCGGCUUUCAGAAGUUUCUCACUGCACCACUAUAGGCCACUACUAUUGGUUUGAGAGAUGUUAACUAUUGUUUAUAAGUAGUGUACAUCACCAUUGAAUAGAGGUCUUUAUAAAACAUUUGUCAAACUAAUGCUGAUUCAUUGUCAACCGCACUAAUCAUUGACUGCAUGGCAUAAUUUGCAUGCUUCUCUACAAUAUAUUUGUCUAAGUGUCACCUGCAAUUUUAUUUUUUAACAUGCCUGUGAUCACCAUCGUAUCGUUCGGUUUGUUGACUCGGAUCUUUAUUUCCUUUUAUUCAGCUAUACUACAGACAUGGAUAGGUCUAUUUCUUCUGUAUUUCUCUAACGUUGUGCCAUUACAUUAGUCGCUGCAUCCGUGGAUUCUGAGAUUCACAGCAAAGACCAAAUCCAUAUAAGCUUGAACAUGUCUCUAUUAUUUCUCAUGUAUUUCUCUUUCUCUGAUUGCAAAGAUAAUACAGACUGCUGCACCUGCCCCAUGUACAUUUAUCUCAACAUCAAGUCAUUAUAUAGCUGGUGGAAAUGUCCGAACUGAUAAGUAUCAAUCGUGUUGGAACUAAUGCUCCUGGGCAGAACUUAAGAGAUCCAAUGUAUAAAUCGUUUGAUGUUGUGUCUUCUUUUGGUCAUUUCACAUACAGUAUGUACAUUUGGAAAACAUGUUUCCAUAUAAUCUUUUUUGUCAUAGCUCUUUUUGUUACAAUUCAUGAUUGUUUUUUGAAUGUCUGUUUAUUUGCUUCGAUAAAGUCUCAAAUGAGGGUAAUUUUCUGCUUUGAUUAAAGUCUUCUUUUGCUAGCAGAGAUGUGAUUGUGAUAACUUCCCAAAGUCGAGCAACAUGUAGCAUUAUGAAAAAGAGUGACUUUUCGCUGCGGUCAAUAUUUCCCCCUGAGUUCUAUGUUCUGCACAUGCUCUGGGAGAGGAUUUCAUUGUUUUAGCUGUGCCGUUAUGUCAUCAUGCGUACACUCUGGUUGUGUGUUGUCAAAUCAGCUAUUGGGAACGUUAAGUUGGGUAAAUAAUAUCCAAGCACUGUGACAAGAGGUUCAUUAAAUGAACAAUAUUUCAUUAUUUUAAAGGUGUAUCAGCAUCUUUAUUGAUCUGAAAUAAGGCUUUAUUCUGCGUUUCGUUUCAAUUACUUCAAUCUGCACUUAAUUUUUCUUUUACUGUGAGGUGUAUUAAUACAUGUUAUCUUUGCAGUUCCAACAUUGGUGACAAGGAACGUCCUUGUUAAUUCUGUCCAAUUAAAUUCCCUGCUGCCUGCUGUU